ACUCUCAAACAGAAGAAAACAUGACCAACCCAAAACUCAUAUCUUCCUUCAGACUCUCCUCCCUCCUCCGCCUCCAAAAAGACCCCAAACUCGCCCUUCAACUCUUUCAAAACCCUAACCCAAACACCAGUCAAACACCUCCAGUCAAACCCUUUCGUUACAGUCAUCUAAACUAUGACCUCAUCAUCACCAAGCUCGGUCGCGCGAAGAUGUUCGACGAAAUGCGUCAAAUACUUCAUCAACUCAAGCAAGACACUCGCAUCUCUCCCGAAGAGAUAAUCUUCUGCAAUGUUAUAGGUUUUUAUGGACGCGCGCGUUUGUGCGAGCACGCGCUCCUGGUGUUCGAUGAAAUGCCGAGUUUUCGGGUGCAGAGAACGGUGAAAUCUUUUAACUCAUUGUUGAGUGCGAUAUUGAAGUGCAGGAGGUUUGAUAAGAUGAGGGAAGUUUUUGCACGUAUGGAGGAAGAUGGGAGCGCGGAUUCUUGUAGUUAUAAUAUAUUGAUUCAUGGUUGUGUUGUGAAUGGGAAAUUGAAGGAGGCGUGGAGUGUGUUUGGUGCAAUGCUAAGAAGAGGUCUGAAGGCUGAUGAGGUGACUUUUGGGACGUUGAUUUAUGGGCUUUGUUUGGAAUUGAGGUUAAAACAAGCAUCGAAGUUGAAGGAUGAUAUGGUGAGAGUGUAUAAGGUGAGGCCUAAUGAGAAUGUCUAUGCAUCAUUGAUAAAAGGAUAUUGUGAUGUUGGUGAGUUGAGCUUAGCUUUUAGGUUGAAAGAAGAAAUGGUGAGAAACGAGAUGGAAGUGGAUACGGCGGUUUAUUCUACUUUCAUUAGCGCCCUUUUUAAGGCAGGGAGGAAGGCGGAUGCUUUUGGGGUAUUGGAGGAAAUGAGAGAGAAUGGGUGCAAAAUGAAUAUUGUGACUUAUAAUGCAAUGAUUAAUGGGUUUUGCAAUGAAAGGGAUUUUGAAGCGGCCUUUAAAGUUUUGGAUGAGAUUGGAGAGAAUGGGUGUAAGGCGGAUGUUAUUAGUUAUAAUGUGAUACUUGGCGGGUUGUGUAAGGAGGGAAAAUUGAGCGAGGCAAAUGAUCUGCUUGAAGACAUGCCUAGACGAGGUUGUGCUCCUGAUGUGGUAUCAUAUAGGAUACUUUUUGAUGGGCUGUGUGAUGGGAUGCAGUUCAAGGCUGCAGCAUCGAUUCUGGAUGAGAUGAUUUUCAAGGGUCAUGUGCCUCGUACUGCAAGUGUACAUAAAUUUAUCAAUGGUCUGUGUCAGGUAGGGGAUAUGGAGUGUUUAUGGACAGUUUUGAGUACUUUGACUAGAGGAAAUGUUAUUGAUUAUGAAACCUGGAGGAUGAUAGUUUCUACAGUAUGCAAGGAGAAUGAGCUUUCAAAUGCCUCAGAGCUUAACAAAAUCUUGAUUAUUCCCUAAAUUAAGAUUGCUGAUAAGAAAAUUGGGUUUUAUUCAACUGAAAACAUGAUUUUCUGUUAUGAUGUCUGCACGUGCAGGAUAUGCUAGCUUAAGUCUUACUGUUCGCAAAAUUUGUAUAUUUUCACCAUACUUGCAAGAAGUGAGGCAUUCUGAAGAGGUGAGUCAUAAAUUACUUCUGGGCUGCACAAGGUGUGUGGCCAGGCCACAUUGUUGAUCACUGCAUAAUUUGGAGUUGUUAAGAACAUCUUUGAUGCUCUGAGAAAGUAAUGUGCUAUUUGAUACAGAUUCACAGGCGAUGCUGGGAUGACAUUAUCUAUGGUGUGACGCGAGAAAGGUGCUAAUUUAUAUGUAUUUGCUAGUCGAUACCUUGAUUAUUGUUUGAACUAAAACCACUGUAAGAUGUAAAGCAAAAAUUUACAUCCGGUAAUCCUGCAGAAGAUAAAUAUAAAUUAUUUUCUGUUAGAGCACCAUUAUAAAUUUGGAUGUAUACUCAAAUGGCCUAUAGAUGGAAGGGAAAGGGAUAAUGGGGUUUGUUUUG